AUGGUCAAUAACAUCAUGGAGCGGCGUCCUGAUAGCUUUUGGUCAUGCCUGGUUUGUGCGGCAUCCGUAUUAUCUAUUCUGAUCGCAACUGGCGGUCCAUACGCCUUUGGAUUGCUUCUUCCUCCUUUAAUGGAUGAAUUCAACGCAAACAGACAAGAAACAGGUAAGUGAGACUUAGUUUUACCGGAUGUUGAUACAUAUCUACAACCACAGACGCGUUUAAGUCUGAGGGAGAUUGAGUUCAUAAGGAUAUGUUCGUAUUGGAAUCUUCUUAAUUAUUGAUCAUAACGUAAGAAAAACUUUAAGGUAAAUAACUAAAGUGGGGUUUCGAAUUUUAUUAUCAUUGAAAUUUUGUUUUCCUUGUCGACCUUUAGGAUAUAUAUUUGCAAAUUUGCAAAUUGUCGGAUGUGAAUGGCAGAAAGUUUGUUGCCGGUCUCUUCUCCUUGUUCCCAGCUGCGACUCUCAAGUGCUUGUUACAUUUACUACAGGGUAUCCUGUAGUUCUGGGUAUCACGACUCGGGGUGGGAGUAAUUUUUCGUACAAAAUGACUUUUUUCUUCCAUUACGAGGAGAUUUCGAAUUUCAGCGACUACGUAAUAUCAGUUUUUCAGCUACCUUACAAUAAUACUUCUAAGACACACAACUUUUUUAAGUUUGCAAAGCAUGUUUCAAUUCGACGCUACUCAAGUCAUCCUCAGUUGAAGAUAAUCGUGUCACAAUUUGAAUAUGUUCUCGAAUUGCACUAUACUUGUAUGAAUUCGUGAACUAUGUGAAUAAAAUAUAUGUUAACGGCAUCACAGGAAGGCAACAGAAGGAUUUUGAGGUAAUCAAGAAAAAAGAGCUUGAAACAUGCAAAGCUUUGUCCGACACAAGGUGCUAAAUUGUUUCGCGUAGAAGAUUCCAUGCCACAGCAGGGUGUACGUGAGAACCUUUUAUCGGACAAGGUUUCACACGUCCACAAGCACUAGCAAUCCAAUUCAGUCCUCUAAACCUUAACAUUUAACAUUUUAACAGUUAACAUUUAACUUAUGUUUUUUUUUAUUGGUAUAUAUUGUAUUGGCUUUUUCUGGGUUACUUCAAAAAACCAAUAUUGCCUUUCUAAGCUUCUGCUAUAUUUUUUUCAAAUAUUUCACGUAAUCUAACGUCGUAAUUAAAAAACGUUUUGUUCAGUUAAAUUCAAAUUGUAACACGCGAGCAACUGCAUCUGAAGAUGAGAUGAGUAAAGUCGAAACAUGAGUAGCAAACUUAAAACUAUUUUUUUAUGGGACUAAAUAUAUAUAACUAUCUGCUCAACAUUGACUAUCUCGCAAGGUUUGGAUGUAUUUAGGAGUAAACUACAUUGUAGUAAAAGUCAUCUGCCUGUUUCAAGAGGUUUGAAGUUUUUUCGAAAAUUGUUAUUUAUACAAUUAUGGUAUCAUUUUUCGAAUUCAGGUCAACAAAAAAAGUUUUGUUAAAAUUCGAAGUCACCUUGGCUUAAAUCAUUCAACAUUUUCCAUCGCCUUAUCAUAUUGCGAAACCACAAAAAAAAUGAUAAUAAAUAAACAAGCUGAGUCACGUACAGACUAAAAUUGAUAUUACUUCGUUCGAUAUCAGUUUCAUUUACCCUAUCCCUACCCCACUCUGCAGCCCGCGUCCCUGUAUAAUUUCAAAAUGUUUUCUACUUUUUUUCCUAGCAUGGGUUGGAUCCUUAAACACGGCAUGUGGCUACAUUCUUAACCCAUUCAGCGUCCAUGUUACAAACCGUUUCGGCUUCCGGGCCACCGCCAUUCUGGGAUCUGUGGCGAGCUUAAUAGGCAUAGGCCUGGCUUCAUUUUCUGCUCAGCUAUGGAUGAUGUACCCGACUUAUGGCUUCCUGACGGGGUUUGGAAGCACAACGAUCUAUAGUACAUCGAUGCUGGUCGUUUUAAAGUAUUUUGUGAAAUGGCGUUCUGUGGCGGUCGGACUCGUCGCAUCGGCAACAUCGGUUUCUGCGUUUGCCAUGACACAAUUUGUUCAAGCACUACUAAGUGCCUUUGGCUGGCGAUGGGCCAUGCGAGGAAUAGCGGGUCUGUUUUUGAUGUGUGGUUUGUGUUCAGCUUUAUAUCUACCGGUCAACAAAGCGAAGGAAAGUGAUGAACAAACUCUGGAUAGAAUUGGAACAGACAAGAAGAAGGAUAAUGAACCACAUGUACUGAAGAACCACAGAUUUUUAGUAUUUUGCUCUGCAAAUACAAUUGUUAUGUUUGGAUACCUCAUUCCAGUUAUGCACAUCGUAAGUUGUCUUUUCCCAUUGCCACUUCGUAAUUUUCUUCCUUGAACAUAAAUCAUCUUCUUCUCCUCUUUCUGAGGAUAAGUCUUUUGGGGGUCAUUUGGGGUGCGAAUGUUCACGGCUUUUAAACUCUGGAAUGGAUUAUCGCUGUAAGCUAUGAAAAUCUGGAAUUUGUUCUUAUAUCAAGGGUUAUCGUUGUGAGCGACAAAAGUCUGUGAAUGACCGCUGUACGUAUGUGGGGCUCAACGGGGUGAUGCCUUCUUUUGGUCAUUUUACGGCUAACACUUUUUUCUGUUGUCAACAAAUCUUUUUUCAACUGUUAACUUUUUUUACGACUAACGGUUAAAACUUGUCAAUUUUUACGGCUAACGGCAAAAGUUUUAAGCCGUUUUACGUUUAAUGGUUAACACCAUUGAGACCCUCCUGUCGUGUGAAGUGUUACCAUAUGGUAAAUGUUCGCCAAAAAAGAAAGGCGAAGACAGGAAUCAAGUGGCUAUGACGCGACAUUUGAAAUAAUCUCAGUGUCGUGAUGGUCAUACUCAAUAAUAAGUAGAAGUGUAGCUAAAAUUAUUUGGUGUUUGCCUUGGAUUUUCAAACAGUGGUUUUUAGCGUUUCACGUUGGAUUCUAGGAUUAAACCGUUUUCCACGCUCUCAAUUCAGUCAGACUAACAAACUUUCUCGCUGAAUUUUAAGAGCCGGAAGUCUUGGCGAUGUAACGGAUUCUGCUUAUUAGGUCAAGUCUAAAAAUUACCGUUACGUCACGCUUGAUUUGCAAGAUUUCCUUUAAAUGAUCGUGUAUCGUUAGAGUGGUCCAGAGAGGAAAAGCGAGAAUGGCGACCUGUCAAAUAGUGAAGAGCAUUGUCAGUAAGAACUUCCAACCAGUUCUUUUAAGUGGAGUAAAUGACUUAAUAUAACUCAACCUUUGAAUUAAUAAUUAAUUAUAAUUAAUUAUAUCAAUUAAUAUUUGCAGAUUAAACAUUGUAAGCAAGAACUCCAGAUUCCUGAACAUAAAUCCUUCAUACUCUUCACUUACCUCGCUGGAGCGUCUGUUAUCAGCCGCCUCGCGUUCUGCACAUUGGGAGACUUUCAAUGCGUCAGCCGUUUCUUUCUUUAUCAAGUGUCCGUGGUCAUAUAUGGGAUAUGUGUGUUAUUAUUACCAUUUGUAAAAACGUUUAACUCUUUGGUGAUAAUAUUUGUUGUUUUUGGACUUAUGGACGGCGGUGCAGUGGGUCAGUUUUCCCUUCUUGUAAUAGGCUGUGUCGGUCAAAGAAAAGUGAAUCAAGGCUGGGGUUACGCCAUGUUUAGUGUAGGUUUUGGAGUCGGCACUGGACCUCCACUCGCAGGUAAAAAUAAUUUUACAAUAAGUCCAAACGUAAGUGAUCAUGUGAUACUAUAUAGGUCGUUGCAUGUACCAUUAUGGGCUAAAUUGUAUAAUUGGGAGCUGGAAGAUUUCUCGAAGGUUAUCAUGGUUAUGCAAAUCCCAGACUCAGUGAAAGAUUUGUUUGCAUUUGGGGCCGGUAAAAAUUUUUAUCACCUUUUUUUCUGGGGGGGCGCGGGCGCGGAGCGGGAAGCAGGCAUAUAUUUUAUUGAAACAAUGAAACUUAUUAAUUAUAUUGGUACCUCAGGAUACAUUGAUUAACAUUUGUGCAUAGCGACUCGCUAAACUUCCUUCAACUUGAAGGAAAGCGCAACAUUUAAUUUGGUAACUAAAACUGAAAGGCCACUAAGAAGCCCGAAAGGAACUGGAACGGGUGAAGAUGAAGAGGAAUUAAACAAAUUCAUUCUUUCUCAACCAAACAGGUCAAAACAGAAAACCAAUGGCGACUUGAUCACUCGUGUUUUCCCGCGCUUUUUUACCCGCGCUUCAGGCAGUUUGCUUGUUUUUACUUCGGGUUCUCAUUGGCUCAGGGAGAUAUUUGCCCUGCUAUGAUUAGCUUUUGUGUUUGCUUUGGUUUUGGUUUUAUGACACUCAGUGUCACUAACAUGACGAUGUGAUCUCACUUACUUAACUUGCUUUGAUGCAGAAUCCUUACUUUGCUAUUUACGUCAUUUUUGAAACAGGUUUUAUGGCGGACGAGAGUGGUUCCUACGCGGUAGCCUUUUAUUUAUCAGGAGUAGUGCUUAUAGCCGGAGCUGCUAUCACACUACUGAUGAAGUUUGUAAAGCAACCAGACGUAACCGAAGGCCCUGAAGAAGUCAAAGCCCAAGAAAUGGGAAUUCUGAUUGUAGAGAAAGUCACCGUUCUUUAAUUGAGUUCGGAGAGUAGAAAAUUUCCAGGUCAAUUUACGCGGAUUGCCCCCUCCUCAAAAUGGUCAACUCAAGUCUGAGUUUGAUUUUGUCAAAAAUAUAAUUUAGAUGGAUCCUUGAAUACGGCUUGUGGCUACAUUCGCAACCCACUUACUAUGGGAAAAAUUUAAAGUGUUUGAAAAGCUGCCUCAGAAAGCGUGGUUCGUUUGAAGCUCUCUCAAUAUUGACAGUUCUUAAAUCUAAGAAGGAUAGGUAGAUCCAAUGUGUUUAAAAAUUUGACAAGAAUGCACAACUCUAGUGCGUUUUAUUCAAUAAAGAGUUUGACUUGUUUUCGAGGCCCCAUGAAGGAAGUAGUAACUGAGCCGUACAAUUUUUAAGCUUUGAAAAAUCAUUAAUUAGUUUCGCACGGUCCACUGACGAUUUUAUCAAGAGAGCUCCACCAUACUAAUUUAAAAUUUUGUAAAACAUUGAAGCGUUUAUUUCCACUUACUCACAACUCAGGCGUAUCGGAGGACAUCUUAGCUAGAAAUUAAAAUUGUUAUAAUCUUAAUGCAAGAAAAUUGAACUUUAGAGGCGAGUUUUUACGAUGGUUGCAUUUCUGAGAUAAGCGUGAGAUUUGACUUCCUAUAUUAUAAUCCGUUUAAUUUAAAAAUAUAGUCUAUUCUUUGGCUGAUUGUAGAAGAG